AUGGAGAAGAUUGGCGGCUCGCCAACCUGGCUCAAACUGAGCAGUCACCUUGGCGUUCACUUGCACGUCUCGCUCACCAACGUGCCGUCCGAGAAGAGCAUGCACUACGCCUCCAUAAUCAGCCAACUAGAGGGUCCUGGUCAACAUCUCAUCGUGACAGCUACGAUCGAGGCACCUGACCAGGCCAGCUUGGUCUUAGACCAUCGCUGCACCUGGGCGAUAGUCAAGCCAAUCCUAGAUGAUAUUCAUUCGCUUCGUGAUGGAUGGCUCAAAAUAUCGGAUCUUCUGGUGCGCCCCUUGAGCGAUCUCGGAAACACCGAGGUCGCAGACCAACUUGGACAAGCCGUUCUACUCACAUUAGUUCCUGUGAGCGUGCCCGACGAUCUCACCAACAUCCGGUGCUUGCGUGUUCAUCUCGAAUGGAUUGACUCGCGCGCUCAACGUGUCGUACCUCUCCAACAACUCUUCCAGCUUCCCUCCUUGCCAUUACACUUGCGCGAUCUUUUGAGCCAGCUGUCCUCACGCCUCCUCAUACAAGUCCUGCUCAGAGAUGCCUCUAUGGCAAAACUGUAUCACCGUUCAUGGCAGCAACGCCAGCAGCAAACCGUACCACUCAUCAACAGCAUCGCCGCGUCACUACGCUCGCUGCUAUCUUUGUCAUCUAAGCAAGCUCAUCUCGAGCCCUUGCUGCAACAGAUCCGGCUCUCACCAACUAUACCUAGCGCCAUCUCCUUGGCCAAUGUCCUCACCAAGCUGGAUCUCUCCCAUCAUUCACCCUGUGUGCCGCUUAGCUCGACUGUCAGACGAGCCGCAAGGCAGUGUAAUCAAUUUGGAUGCACUGACAUGCCUGCCCUCGAGUUCGCUCCAGAUCUUGGCGACGUCGAACUCGGCUGGAUCGUCGCCGAGCACGAAAAGUUUGCUGCCGCUUCUUCAGACGACGACAAGGAUGAUGAUGAAAUAAGCCAUAUUUCCUUUGCGCCAGAACACGAUCAGGACGAGAGUAGCGCAGAUUCAGGCUGGACUGAGAUCCUACAAAACAGCGCCAACGACGGCUGUCAUGAGCUCACGAAUGAGGUUCACCUUCAAACGCCCUCGGACUUGAACUGCAUCGAAUCGGCUCCUUGCACAUGUUCGAGUGCUGCUCAGGACGUUUUUGGCAAUCAGUACUUGAUUUCUCGAGCUUUGCAAACCGAUGUCGACUGGAUUAGAGAGAUGUAA